AUGCAUGAAAAGAAACCUGCGUCUUGGAACAAGGAAAUAAGUACGAUCGGUAGGUCAAAGAAAAUAUUUUCGUCUGGCUUGGUUAGUAAAGUGCAAAGUCCAAUAGUCCAAAUUAACAAAUCUGGAAAGGUUGAGCCGAAAGCGAGUGGCAAGAGCCCAAAGAUUGUUCCUCGAGCGACUUACCAGAAAAGUAGCAAAAAGGGAGAAGGCCAAGUGCGGAAGUCGAAAUUUAAGAAGCGAAAUGGCGGUUCUAAAGAGGUUUCAGAAUUCAUAACCAGCGUUCUAGAUACCGUGUUAAGUAGAGUGGUUGAAGAAAACCGAAAGGUGAAUUCAAGCACAAUUUCAUCAGCAAAAAAUCGUCAACAUAUUCUUCUGGUUGAUUCUGUGGAACCCGAAAUCAGUCGAAACAUCUAUUCUACUGUUGAGAGUAAAAUUGAUACGAAAUUCUCUCCGUCUUUUCCAGCAAAACCAGAGGAAAGACCGACAGAUUCAUUCUGCCAGAAACAAGCAGAUUCUGAGCUGAAACGAGCACAACAACAUCCGGUCUUGACAAUUGGGUCGAACGUGUUGUUAGACGUGACUAACGAAGGGGAAACGGAUUGGGAAAGAAUACGAUUGUCUAAAAAGUUCUCCACGGUGAGCGAACCGCUGCCGGAAAGUGAGGUCAGUGAAUUGUGCGUACUUUCGACGGUAACAAGUGCAGAUGAUGGAGGUGAGAUAAGGGUAACCCAUACCGACGAAGACGGGACACUCGAUAACUCUCAGAUCAGUCAUCGCGACAAUGAGCCAAGGCUUAUUACUAGGCCGUUGAAAAUAGAUACCGAAGCGGAUUGUCAUUCGACUCAAUCUAUUAACGCAUUUGAAUUCGGAGAGGCUGCGGACAGACAGGAGAAACUUCGUUCGUCGAUGUUCAACGUCCAUCUCGGGACCUGGGUAGAGUUUCGAAAAUUGGAAGGACGGGGUUGCGCAGGAUGGAUGCAGGAAAACGGGAAAUUAUCGCGAGCAGAAAGUACAUCGAUUCGGGUGACGGACGACGAGAAUAGUUCGACGAGCAGCAACAGCAGGAGAAAUGUCAAGAUCGAUAAUAAAGUACUGGAGGAAAAGGUCAAGUGUAGCUUGGAGAAAGGCGUCCCUCUAAAGACGAUCACAAUCACGGAUCCUUCCAUCAUUAGGCCCAGCAGUAAUUCGGACAGUAGCGCUAAUUUGACAGUGGACAAAAAAGUGCAGGGUAAAGAUCAGCACCAUGAAAACUCCUUGAAAAUGCUCUGUGAUUAUCAAGGCAUGUCACUGGGCGUCAAGAGCGAAGGACAAACCUUGCAGACGACUCGACUUAGUCACAGAAAUCCGGACACCUGUAUGGAUACUGCUCAAGACGAGUUUGAUAACGGAAAGUUCACAGACUGGCUCAUGCAGAAAACCACAGCAGAAAAUAACUGCAACUUGCUGAUACGAUGAGUUGUACUCGGGAUUUUUCAGCUUCGCCGACUCAUCUUUGAUUAUCUUCAUUCUUCAUGUAUAUGACGGAGACAUUCACGAUGUUUCUAACUGCUCUGAUCAGUUGUACAAUACAUAGAUGAUAUGUUUCACGACACUGAAUAAGGGCCACUUUUAUUUUCUCUUCACUAUUAUAUACCCUCCGGCGAUAAACUUUCCCUGGAAGAGUGUAAAUGUUUCGUUCGCAAAACUGAAUCAUAGGUUCUACAUAAUUCCUGACACGGACUCGCCGCAAUGUUAAACAUAUUUAUACAUUCUUUCCUUGGUAGACGAAAUAUGGGCACCGAACAUUCAAUGAAUUUUAAUAAAAUCCGAUAUACUUACGGUAAAUAUGACUCGGUUAAUUGCGGUUUUUUUUUGUCCGUCUUCAAAAGCCUUCCGAAUGAGCUACAGCUUAGAUACCUGAACGGAGUGAGAGAGUGAUCAAUGAUGUGCGUUUUUGCACUGAGAAAAACGUUGGAGAAAUUGUUCUUCACGUCUAAAUUACGUUCAAUCAAGAUCGAUUCGCACCGUGUUUGCAUAAUGAAUCAGGUGUAUCGCUGAUGUAGACUCAUUCAAACGCAAGCGAAUACUUUUUAUUUUACCCGUCUAUGUAUUGUGUAUUCAUUUUGUACUCGAAUCUAGAUAAGAGAAUCAAGAUAAUUGCCUGCACUGAUGGGCAUAAUACGGAAUCAAGAUAGAGACUUGUUUGACGUAACUAAAACUGACUCAAUCAAUGAUGACGAUGAAUUCAUACAGCGGAAACAUUGACUGUUGCGAGAUAACUGAAUUUCCGUUUUGCUAUUUAUAGAAAUCAGUGCAAUAGAGGGCAAUGAAUGAGUUUAUGUUUGUAUUAUUAUUAUUAUUGUUAUUAUUAUCGUUUCUAUUUUGAUAAAUUUUACUUUCUUUGAUACGGUAUAUCUGAUACAGACUCGAUUUAUACGCAUUCCAAGGAGGCAACAGAUUAUUUAAAUUGAUAUCAUUUCUCCACUCAUUAAUACUGCAGCGUGGACGUAAAAUAAGAGUCAAGUAAUAAUUAGUUUUGUGGUGCUCGGUAAUUUUUUGAUGUAACCCGCAUCUGAAUGUAUCUAACCAUGUAUACUGACAAUGUUUAUUUCGUCAGCAAUAAA